CAAAACCAAGUGAUUGAAGGAGGAAGAUGGCGGUGAAUGAAUCUAGUAAUACAAUUUGUACAAUAUGCUAUGGACAUCUCCAACCUCCCGAUGAAGCUAUUCAAGCGAUCUCCAUAUGUGGUCAUGUCUUUCAUGAUCUCUGUCUAAAACAAUGGUUAGACUAUUGUAUCAAAAAGACAAGAAUAGCAACAUGUCCAGUAUGUAAUCAAAAGUUUAAUCGAGAAAAUAUAACUCGUCUUUAUUUCCAAACAACUGGUAUGACUGGAAUAAACGAAGAAGAAUGGAGGAGGUUGUGCAACAAAGUGAAUAAGUCACCACAAGAGUCCGAAGAUACUGAACAGCUUCGGAAAUGGAAGGAGGAAGCGAGGAAAGAAAUGUGUUUGAAGAACAAAGCUUUACAGGAAAAAGAGUUGAAUCAAACUCUACUAGAAAUAAGAUCGCAGCAAGGAUCUUGUUCAAGCCGAAUCGGACUGUGUCAUGCUUCGACAGAGCCGGGCGAGCUCUUCACAACCCCAAGCCCUUGGGAUAACAGGAGGUGCGUCACAAAAUAUAACAGCCAGAAAUUGUGAUGACAUUGCCUACUUGAUGGCUGUGAUGAACAAAUUUCAAGACAAUAGAGAGAAAUACGAUGAAUUCAUUCAAGUCUUGAAAGAUUAUAAGGCCAAGAAAAUGGAAAUCCGAGAUGUUAAAUCAAGGGUUAUAGACCUACUGAAAGGUCAUGCGGAUGAUCUAAUUUUAGGCUUUAAUACCUUCUUGCCUACAGGAGAUGGGAUUACCCUUGA